UUCUUGUUCCGGGUCAACACAUGUUUUGUUGUGCUUAGUGAAAACCAUAAGUAGGCAGUUUACAAACCUAGUCGUCUGUCUGUCGAAGUUGGGAAGCAACGCGGGAAAAUAUCUCGACACAAUGCAAAGACCACAUUUUCGCCAUCCACGCCAGGGAUCGGGUCCGAGAGCUGCAGGUUUCCGCAGUCCGCCUCCCGCAUACGACAGGACAUGCAAUAUGUUUCCAUCGCCUCCGUGGGCAUUUUCAACCCCGCCGCCGUUUGGACCGAGAUUUGGACAGCGUUCUCCAAAUACCCCACCGAGAGAGUUUGGUGGUAACAGGGGUGGCAGCGGUGGGAAAUAUUUUAACAGCCACUCGCCCGGUCACACACCGCACAGAUCAAACCCCAGUCCCCGCGGCACACCGUACAGACACUCGCCGUAUGACAGUCCCGGACGACACUCUGGACAUCAGGGUUCACCACGGACAUCCACACCGUUUGGGUCAACGCAUGGCAGGGAGAGAGGGACAAAUGAUACGGAAAAGUAUUACAAACCAUCAAUGCUCCAAGAUCCCUGGGCUGACCUACAGCCUAUCUCGGUCACAGAAACUCAGUCUAAAUGCAACUCACAGCAAACCACAAAUACAGGCAGACAAGGGAGGUACUACAAUUAAAACUCAGUACAUUUCACGGAAAUGUAGCCUAACUUUAGUGAAAACACGAAAAUCACUGUACAGUCCUUUUUAUUUAGUGCACCAAUGCUGCAAUUGCUUAUUUUUAAGUCAAACGGAGUCUGCACCCGGACAUACUUGUCAUGGACUUGAGUCAGGAUUCACCAGCAAUAAUUCUUAAAGUUGGCUCUACAAACUUUUUUUAAUUAUAUGUACUUUCUGGUAUAAAGAGACAUUCUCUUUUAGUUUUAUAUCUGUACUUCAACUAUAGGACCAGAAAGAUGGUGCUAUUGUAACUGACAAAAUUUAUAAUGCAAAUACAGCCAUUGUGGAAAAAAAAAAAAAA